UUUCCAGACGUUCCGAUGUGUUACAAGCUGGGCCUCGGGCGUGGUCCGGGGCGUAACCCUGAGGAUGCUCACCUGUGACUUGGAGCGAACCCUGCGAAAGGAGAUUUUGCCUGUUUGAUCGCGAGAAUCACUGUCGCAGGGGUAGGAGGAGAGAAGGGGGCGGGUCCCCUGCAUACAGCGGCCACUGCAUAUAUAUAGAUAGACAGACAUUCCUGUGCCAGCCCACUGUGUUUUGGGGUCUGGCUAAGUCACUAAAUUGCCCAUGCACAGCUCAAACUUGGCGAUUUCCCCGAGUCUCCGAGAGUGCUGGAAUUACAGGACUCUUCCCUUUUCCAAAAGAAGAGAUCAAAAGAGAAGGUCCAUCUCUUACAAAACUUGAAGCCAUGUCUAAGGAUGAACUAGAGUAUGCCCUUACAGGGAUCAGUGUCGUUGAAGGAUGUGACUGUGGACUUCACUGAGGAAGAGUGGCAGCGACUGGACACAGCUCAGAAGGCCCUCUACAUGGAUGUGAUGUUGGAAAACUAUUGCCACUUCAUCUCUAUGGGGUUUCACAUAACUAAGCCUCAUAUGAUCUACAAGUUGGAACAAGGAGAACAUCUAUGGACAGAGAGAAUUUUUCCACGUCAGAGCUACCCGAAAGAUGGGAAGUCUGAAGAUGUUUUAGUGAAGUUCAAAGAGUACCAAGACAUACAUUCUAGAUCAGUUUUAUUCAUCAAUCACAAAAAACCAGUUAAGGAGAGAAGUAACAUUUAUGGGAAAACACUUACUUUAGGAAAGAACCGUAUUAUCUCAAAAACAUUAUAUGAACAUAAAUCUGAUGGAAAAGUUUUGAAAAAUAUUUCAGAAUUAGUUAUUAGAAAUAUGAACCCUGUAAAAGAAAAGGUUGGUGAGAGUAAUGGAUGGGAGAAAUCAAUCCUCAAUACUAAGCAUGAAAAAAUUCAUCCUUCAGUUAAUCUCCAUAAACAAACAGAAAGGGAUCUCAGUGGUAAACAAGAGCUUACUCAGCAGCAGAAAGUUCAAAUUCCAGAGCAACCAUUUGAACGUAAUGAAUGUGACAAAUCCUUUCUUAUGAAAAGAAUGUUAUUUUCACAUAGUAGAGCUCAGAAAGGAGAAAGGACAUUUGAAUAUAAUAAGGAUGGAAUUGGUUUCAUGGAAAAGUGUGAGCUCGGUGUCCAUCCCCAUAAUCUUAUAGAAAAGAAGCCCUCUGCAUACAGCAAAUAUGGGAAAUUCCUCUGCACAGAAUCUGUUUUUAUUAUGCAUCAGAGAUCCCAAACAGAAGAGAAACCCUUUCAGUGUCCUUACUGUGGAAAUAGCUUCAGAAGGAAAUCAUACCUCAUCGAACAUCAGCGAAUUCACACAGGUGAGAAACCCUAUGUUUGCAAUCAAUGUGGAAAAGCCUUCCGUCAGAAGACAGCCCUCACUCUUCAUGAAAAAACACAUAUAGAGGGGAAACCCUACCUUUGUCUUGAUUGUGGGAAGUCCUUCCGCCAGAAGGCAACCCUCACUAGACAUCACAAGACACAUACAGGGGAGAAAGCCUAUGAAUGUACUCAGUGUGGAAGUGCCUUUAGAAAGAAGUCAUACCUCAUUGAUCAUCAAAGAACUCACACGGGUGAGAAACCCUAUCAAUGUAAUGAGUGUGGGAAGGCAUUUAUCCAGAAGACAACCCUCACGGUACAUCAGAGAACCCAUACAGGAGAAAAACCCUAUAUUUGUAAUGAAUGUGGGAAAUCUUUCUGCCAAAAGACAACUCUCACACUCCAUCAGAGAAUUCACACAGGGGAAAAACCCUAUAUUUGUAACGAAUGUGGGAAGUCCUUCCGACAGAAGGCAAUCCUUACUGUUCAUCACAGAAUACAUACAGGAGAAAAAUCCAAUGGAUGUCCUCAGUGUGGGAAAGCCUUUAGUAGGAAAUCUAAUCUCAUCCGUCAUCAGAAAACUCAUACAGGAGAGAAACCAUAUGAAUGUAAAGAAUGUGGGAAAUUCUUUAGUUGUAAGUCAAACCUCAUUGUCCACCAGAAAAUUCACAAGGUAGAAUGCACGAGAAUUCUGUAAGUGAUGUAACUUUUUGUAAAACUUUUAAGAUCAUAAUAAACCUAUAGCUGGUGUUGCUUGCAAGUAUAAUAAUAUUCAGCGGUUUAAGAUAUUAUACUUACAGGGCUGGGGAUUUAGCUCACUGGUUCUGCAGCCUGCUUUGCAAGCACAAGGUCCUGAG